AUAAGAACUGAAAACUGUGGGAUUAUAAGUAAUCCUCUCAAAUGGGGAGACGUAUCUUGUAACACUAGACUUCAUUUUAUUUGCUAUAAUGAAAGUAAAACACCAGAGAAAUUCUACUUGAUUAAACAAUCGAAGACCUGGCUGGAAGCUCAGAGUUACUGCAGAGAGAAACACACAGAUUUGAUCAGUGGAAUAAAGGAGCUACAGGGAGAACAACUGAAGAAUGUUCUAUCUGUAGAUAUUUGGGUGUUUAUUGGUCUGUUCAGAGACACCUGGAAGUGGUCAGAUGGAAGCAGCUUUUCUUUCAGACACUGGAACCUUCAGUUUAAUGAUGAGAAAUACAACAGUGGUCAAUGUGCCAUGACUGUGUUUGAUGAUGGAGGCAGAUGGAAGAAUGGGGACUGUAAAGAGAAAAAACCUUUUAUCUGUUAUGAUGAUAAUCUGGUCCUGGUCCAAGAAAAGAUGAACUGGGCGAAUGCCUUAUCCUACUGCAGGGAACACUACCAUGAUCUGGUCACCAUCAAAACCCUUGAAGAGCAGAUAUUGGUCCAAGAGAAAGCCAAGAAGGCAUCGACUCCUUUUGUCUGGUUAGCACUGCGCUAUAACUGCACUAAGAAGUUCUGGAUCUGGGUUUGUCCUGAGGGGGUCACUGAGAGAACCAUGAACUCAGAUGGAGAGGUUGAUGACUGUAACAUUUCUGGAGCCAUGGACACUGGAGGACAACAUAAGUGGUUCCAAAUAAAUGGUGGAGAGGAGUUUAAUUUUAUUUGUUCUAAGAUUUAAGGUUGCACAUUUUUUAUCUUUCACUUCAUGUAUCAGUAAUGGGCUUUGUUACAGUUGUAACCAUUAAAAUGUCCCCUUUUUCUUCGAUGGGCUUUUGGCGGAUCCUUGGCUUUUACCCUACAAUCCCUUUUUAAACAUAAAUCUUUGUACUAAAAUAUUCUUUCUGCCAUGAUU